UGACGCGUCUGCCAUCACCGCUUCGUUCACAGCCGAGGCCAUUCGUCUCUACUUACGUCCUGCGGUCAGUGCAGUGUGCGUAGCAUUCCCGUUUACAUCAUCAUCCUCGUUGUUCCGUCAUCCUGAUGCUGGAAACACUCCCUUUACCUGACCAGGCUGGACAACAACGGCAGUUCUGCCGCUAUCUCGGCGCUCCUCCAUCUCUGCGCAGUUUAUUUCCGCAACUUCGCCGAAUCAUAACAGGCACCUCACUCUCACUCGUAAAGAAAGGAGAGCCAAGGUACGGAAGAAAGGACAAAGAAGCAGACAAAGAUGAUGAAGAUGGAGGUGAUGUGAUGAGCUGAGAUCUGUUCCGCAGAAUCCGCACCUGUUUCUGCGCCAACUAAGUGAUGUGCGAUGGCGAGGCGAUGGCGAGGCCUGCCUGCCCUCCCGGGACACAUUACCAGGUUGCCCGAUUUUUUGGUAAUUUUUGGAAGGUUUGUACUACAUCACGACAAGUUGCGAACGGGGAAGAACAUUCACGCAAGUUGUACUCAGGGUAUUUUUCCGUCCCACUUGAGUCACAGUUGAGUGGCCGAAAAUAGUGGAAACAUGCCACAUGAUACGGCGUCUAUUCUGUGCAUAUCGGAACCACUUCAAGUUGUUCAAUCCUCUUUUUUUUUUUUUUUUUUUUUUUUAAACUAUCUUGGAAGCAGCUUGAGGUGCUGGUAGGAACAGUCACCUCAAGCUGGACUGGUGUAGGCUCCAUCUAUUGGUGGGGAGCAGCACCUGCUGGGAAUAGGGCCCAGCGUCCCUUUUUUAACAAUUGUGAGAAAUCACAGAUCACAGAUAUUGUGCAUUGGUAUCAUUGUGGUCAAGUUGUUCAAUCCUCUUAGAAUGGCAUUAAUCUUGCAGUUAGUUUCACUUUUUGGGAGCCAACGGAGGGAGGAUAGGGAUGGUGGAAUGGAAAGAGGAAAAAAAGGAAUCAGGGGAGGACCAGAGGGAGAAUGGAGAUUGUAUGAGACUACCGACUGAUAUUCCAUGAAUUAUGGACCAAAAUUGAUACGGCUAUCCCAUUGAAACCCGCUGAAUAAUUCCCCGAUCUCUUCCCCUCCCCAUCAAACUGUCUAGAAGGAAUGCAGUGGUACGGGAAGGAUGGAUGAAAUCAAGAGAGAGAAAGGAGGGUUGAGGCAGGGGGCUAGGGUCUAGGACUUAUCCCCAGGCUAGCGGAGUCUAUCCCUCACCCACCCACCCAGCCCACUUUCAUGGCAAAGGAAUCUCAGCACUGGUUUGCCAGGUUAGACUUGGCGCCACAAGGAAAGGUGAAGAGGUGCGGGGGCAGUCGACGGUGGGAACGGGUGGCUAGAGGAAGGAAGGAAAGAAGAACAUACCCUAGAGUCGUUGACUUUCCUAGCAUCACCUUCAAGACCUAUCUCAGCAAUAGCGUCCCAGACAGUAGGUACAUGUGAUCAUUGCUGUGUAAUGGGUGUAUCCAAUAGGACGCU